AAUAUCUUCAGAUUUAGUCUGUUCAGAGGAGUUGCAAAGCUCAGGAAGAGGACGCUUUCUACUGGAACAUGCUGCUCCCUUCUCUGCUUUUUUGACAGACAGCUUUGGGCGUCAGCAUAAUUACUUGCGAAUUUCUUUGACCGAGAAAUGCAACCUUAGGUGUCAGUAUUGUAUGCCAGAGGAAGGUGUUCAGCUGACCCCUAAAUCAGAGCUACUUACUGCUCAGGAAGUAAUCACCCUAGCCAAACUGUUUGUGAAAGAAGGUGUUGAAAAAAUCAGACUGACAGGAGGAGAGCCACUUAUCCGUCCUGAUGUGGUUGAUAUUGUGGGUCAGCUGUACAAGCUAGAAGGUCUGAAAACCAUUGCUGUCACAACAAAUGGAAUCAACUUAACCAGAAUGCUGCCCCAAUUGAAGGAGGCAGGACUGAAUGCCAUUAACAUUAGCCUGGACACUUUGGUCCCAGCUAAAUUUGAGUUCAUUGUCAGGAGGAAAGGCUUUCACAAAGUAAUGGAAGGAAUCCACAAAGCCACUGAACUUGGCUACCAUCCUGUUAAGGUGAACUGUGUGGUGAUGCGAGGCUUCAAUGAGGAUGAGCUGCUGGACUUUGUGGAUUUCACAAAAGAUCUGCCCCUUGAUGUGCGGUUCAUAGAAUACAUGCCCUUCGAUGGCAAUAAAUGGAAUUUCAAGAAGAUGGUAAGCUACAAAGAAAUGCUUGAUACAAUUAAACAGCGAUGGCCUGAACUGGUGAAAUUGCCCUGUGAAACUUCCAGCACAGCCAAGAGUUAUAAGGUGCCACAUUUCCAGGGGCAAAUCAGCUUCAUCACCUCCAUGUCAGAGCACUUCUGUGGAUCCUGCAAUCGACUGAGGAUAACAGCAGAUGGGAACUUAAAGGUGUGCCUUUUUGGGAAUUCAGAAGUGUCCUUGAGAGAUCACCUACGUUCAGGUGCCUCAGAGGAAGAGCUGGUUCAAAUCAUUGGAGCAGCAGUGGGCAGAAAAAAGAAGCAGCAUGCUGGCAUGUUUAACAUUUCCCAGAUGAAAAACCGGCCAAUGAUCCUGAUUGAGCCUGCACUGAUGUCAUUCCCGCUAUGCCAAGACACCCUACAGAAUCCCCCAAAUUCAGAACAGUGGGGCCACACGUUUAGCCAUUGGCUGACUUUGAGAGCAAGUUUACCUGAACAAAUGGAAAAAGCAUUAAUUAAAAAGAAGCUUACAGGACCACUUUUCCUGCCAGGAUCUCACACAGAGCAGCAUUGGCCCGCAAAACCAGGAAUUCUACAAACCCUGCUCAGAAGCUUCCAUGUCUUCCAGAAGAACCCAAGCUCCACAUUUGACACAAAGUGCCUUGAACCUUUUCCUGUUGACCAAGUUUCUGUUUCCAAAGAGGAAGGUCCAGGGUCUGAAUUCUGUACCAGGGAUUCAGGAUCUUGCACCAAGGUACCUCGUGCCUCUGAUAACUUGACUCACACUGAUGAGGAAGGACGGGCCACAAUGGUUGAUGUUGGAGGGAAGCCAGAUUCAAGAAGAAGUGCUGUUGCUAGUGCUAUUGUCUGCCUGGGUGAGAAGGCAUUUGGAAUGGUGAGGCAGAACCAGGUGAAGAAAGGGGAUGUGCUGGCAGUAGCCCAGAUUGCAGGAAUUCAGGGAGCCAAGCUGACCAGCCAGUUGAUCCCAUUGUGUCACAACAUCUCCCUCAAUCAUGUUGAGGUGUCUCUGAGCCUGGAUGAGGCCAGAUUUGCAGUGGUGAUUCGCAGCUCCUGUCAGACCUGGGGGAGGACAGGUGUGGAGAUGGAAGCUCUAACAGCUGCCAGCCUGGCUGCUCUGACUGUGUAUGACAUGUGCAAAGCAGUUACUCAGGACAUUGUGAUUGAAGAGGUAAAGUUGCUUAGUAAGACAGGUGGGCAGAGAGGAGACUUCUUAAGGGUCUAGAUAGUAUCCAGAUACCUCCAGGUGACCACUGUUCUUGAUUAGCCUCUUACAGAACUACUUUUGCCCAGCUAGUAGGCUUGGAGACCUCAGCAGAUAGACCAGACUCUACAACUCCAGUUUUCCUUCCCCUGUUAUCUUACUGCUGCGUGAACAGUAGAGUCAUUUAGCCCUGUUGAUAAUGAUGUGUGUAUUUUAGAGGACAGAUUUCUCCACUCUGCCACUACCUUAAUUUCAGGGUCCCCACUAUGAGCUUGAGCAAAUGCUCCUAUAUCUGUGCCAGAGAGCUGGUGAGUUUUUUCUUUUUUCCUGUGAAAUAUUCACAGCUGCUGUCAUCACCUGAUGCAACUGUGAACUCUGGAAAUGAAGCAAGUGCUGUCAUUUAGCACCUCUUUAAGUCAAGGCUUAGAUUUUAGAAUUGUGUCUGUCAGUCUGUCCUCAUGACCUCCAUAGCUGGGAGGUGGUGACAGUGGGAAGAACACAGGUUCGGAGUAUUACCAUAUGGCAGAGAUUUAACAGUGAAACACCACCCAGGGUCAGAGGGGCAGCUCCCGUUCUUGUGUAUUGCUACUGUUUCAUUUGUCUGCAAGUGGGAAAGACAGUUUAGAAAGAAAAACAAGAAGGCAGCUGUCCAGUUCUUGCAAAACAUGUGGACAGAGGAUUUCUGGGUUCAGAAGAGUUAUUUUUGCUGAUCUGAAGGAUACUUUUUACAAUGCUAGAAACAUGUUCCAAGCAUUUUCACCUUGCCACUCAAACACAUUGAUGCCCUGUGUUUGCAUGCUUAAGGGCUUAAUUAUGCCAUGCACAGAAGUCAUGGAGAGGUGACAUGUACUUUUGAAACAGGUGUCACACCAAGCCUCAGAGAUUCCCAAUUUUUCAUUCCUACAGCGAAGCUCUUAGGAACCAUGAACCUGCAUACUCCUGACAAAUAUAACACACUUUAAGUUUAGUAGCCACACUGAAGAAUAAGGUAGUUGCUGUUGCCUUGGGUAGUGUUUCCUGCAUGUUUCUCUAAUUUGCUUUCAUGAAGUCUUCUGGCCUGAGAGCACUUCAGUGUCCCCAUAAAUGUACCAGUGGCCAUGUCAUGUAGCAUUAAAUAGCUUUGAUAAUGGAGUGUCCUAGAUAAGAAAUUACUUGACAUUGUUGUUAAUGUGUCCUUUUCAAAUGUUGAAUACUCUGGCCAGGGUGUUUUCAAGUUUAGUUUACUUGUUUUCUGGUGCUUAUGGCUAAUGUGAAAUUAGAUAUGAUUCAGGGUGCUCCGUCUCCGUAUGCACAGAGUUGAAGACCUUUCUAACAAUGUCAGAGGGUACCAAACAAGCAUCUUAAGCUCUGCAAGUAGUUGCUUCUCAUGAAAGAAGGUUAAAUUACUGUGAGCAUCAGUAAAGCACAUAACACACUGCCCAUAUCCAUCCUACUCACUUAAAGUAAGCACAGGUCUAAGAUGAGGCAAUAUUGGUUCUACUACACAUCCUUCACAAAUCUCAUAUGCUACCACAGAAGGCCAUUUUCCAUUACAGUUGAAUUAAUUUGAUUUGUUAUUCAUUGUCAGGGUGAGAUAAGGCAGAUGCAAGGACAGAGCAGCUACAGCUGCAGGGGGAAGGAGACUUGCAAAGCUUGGUGCCCAAACUCCAUAAACUCCAUAAGCAUUUGUGCAACAGCAUUUAGUGUUAUAGUCUGAUUCCCUUGAUAUCAGUAAUCUGUCUGUAUGGGCACUCCUGGUCCCCUAGUCCUUCCCAGAAGUGUACCUAGCACUGCCAUACUGAGCACCAGCAAUCUGCCCUGACCCUGCAAAUAUAAGAUACUGGUCAUCUGUGGAGGUGCUGUGCCAUAAGGCAAAAGUUUCCCUAGUUCGGUGGUGAAACAGAUUGUGAAUAAAAGGAAGCACGUUAACUGAUUUACACAAGCACCCCACCAGGUACAGCACGCCCUGCCCUCCCUGCCUUCACUCAGUCUUUAGAUUAGUCUUGAAAACUAAAAGGAAACUAGACCUACUCAGCAGUAAUAAAAUGGUGCUUUGGGGCAUGUGAUUCUUUGGCUUCUGAAGAGUGUGCUGUCAUGUUGUAAAGCUCACACAAAGGCCUCAAGACCAUACAAGGGACAACAGCACAUGCAUGACUGCCAUGCACACCUUGCUACUUACGCACAGUUCCCUGCUUUCUUGGAUUGCAAGUGGUUGGUUUUGGGUAAGCAGACUUUGGUGCCAUUUUAUGCUCAUUCUACAUUGUCAAGUCUUGAAACUAUGCACAUUUAUAAAUAAUGAAGCAAGCAUGAGUAAACAACAUUUUGUAAGGGACAUGAGCUGAUAGCACUGCAUGAUUCAGUCAUGCUGGGUGAGCAAUGGUGCAAUACACGUUGAUGAACUGACUGGAGGCCUGUUUUAUUUGGGUUUGGUUUUCUGGUUUUUUUUUUUUGU